AUGUCAACAAAUUUAAACGUUAUACCAGAUGAUGUUACCUCUUAUAAAACGAAAGAAUACUGGGAGAAACGUUACUCCGAAGAAUCACCUGCGACUACGUUUGAUUGGUUUAAAACAUUUCAGGAUUUAAAACUUCUGUUUGAUAAGCAUCUACCUAACAAAGAAAUCAAGAUACUGAUGUUGGGAUGUGGCAAUUCGACACUGUCGGAAGACAUGUAUGACGAAGGAUACCAUAAUAUUGUGAAUGUUGAUUUUUCUGAAACAGUGAUUGAAAAUAUGAAAAAUCGAUGCGUAGAUAGGACUGGAAUGACAUGGUUGGUAAUGGAUAUCCGAGAUCUAAAGUUUCUUGAUGAAGAGUUUGAUGUGGUGAUUGAUAAAGGUACAAUGGACGCAUUGAUGUGUGAUGAUGGAGAUGUAUGGAAUCCGAAACCUGAAGUAGUAGAAAACGUAAAACGUGAAGUCGAUCAGGUUGGUGUUGAAAGUCGGAGGAAAGCAUUUGGAAAGGCCGUGUUGGAACGUAAACAUCGAAACGUUAGAUUUCACGUUCAUCCAUUAUACAUAUCACCUACUUGUAAGAUACCGGGCCCGCCGGUGGAUCAUUUAUUUUUGGGAAAUGUCAAGAAUCUGAUCAAGGCUGAGCCUGGCGGAAUGCAAUACGAGUGGGCUCAGAAAUACGGUGGCUUCGUGUGCUACCAUUCCUUGUUCAAUCGACCAAUGCUCUCAAUCACUGAUCCUGACCUAUUGCAUAAAAUUAUUGUUAGCAAUGCCUACGAUUUUUCUAAACCACCUCAGAUGAUUAAUGACCUUAAAGCGGCGCUUGGAUGUGGACUCAUUAUCGCAGAGGGUGUCAUGCAUCAAAAGCAGAGAAGGAUGAUGAUGCCUGCAUUCAGUUUUUCCAAUGUCAAGGAAAUGAUACCCACAUUUGUCCAUGUAGCUCAUCAGCUAAAGUCUAUAUGGGUAACUAAGAUCGCAGAUGGAGAGGAGCGAAUAGUGAUUUCUCCUUAUUUUUUAAAAGCCACUCUGGAUGUUAUUGGAUUGGUCGGUUUCGACUAUUCAUUUAACAAUCUCACCUCAUCCAACGAAUUGGCUACCGCCUAUGAUGAAAUAUUCAAUUACGAACCUACCCCGUUAAAUACUGCGCUAAAAAUCUUGGCAACUUUCAUCCCCUUUGUUCGAAAGAUCCCUUUUUCUAUUAACCUUAGACUAGACCGAGCAAUCAAGGUCGUAGAAAAAAGAUCGAUGCAAGUGAUUCAGGAGAAAAAGAACCUAGCAUCCAAGGGAAAAUUGCAGGGACGGGAUUUGAUGAGUUUGCUAAUAAAUAUCAACGAGAAUGAGAAAGAAGACGCAGAAAAGAUGACGGAUUUGGAGUUGCAGUAUCAGGUUGGUGUCGAGGAUAUCAUAUUUUUGGUAUUCACCCUCUUUCCCGCAUUUACCUCAUCCAUGAUCUUUACAGAUAAUGACAAUCCUCGAUGUCAAGAAAAACUUCGACAAGAACUUAUCGCCGCAUUUCCCGAUCCAAAAUUUAAGCCCACGUUUGACGAUCUCAACGGGUUGGAGUAUUUAAACUGCGUAUUUAAGGAGGUAUUGAGGCUUGCGCCAUCAAUACCACUUGUAAUUAGAUCUCCUAGAGAGGAUACUGUGUUGAACGAAUACACAAUACCGAAAAAUACACCAAUAGUGAUCCCGAUUUUUGCAAUCCACCGGCUGCCCUCAGUGUGGGGUGAAGAUGCCGAAGAAUUCAAACCCGAGCGAUGGCAAUCGAUCAAAACCUUGGAUGGGAACAAUUUCUCCUACCUUCCAUUCUUCAGUGGUCCUAGAUCUUGCAUUGGAAAUAAGAUUGCGUUAAAUGAAUUUAAGGUUUUCUUGUCAGUGUUAGUGAGGAACUUCCGGUUUAGGGAGGUUGAAGAUUUUAAGAUAAAAAAGAUUCAGGGUAUGGCGUUAAAAGCAUUCCCAAAUAUUGAGUUAUGGGUGUCAAAAGUGAGCGAGCAGGAAGACGAGAAAUAA